UUUUUAACAUAAACCCCUGAAGAGGUUCUCUCCUCCGUCCAUGCAUCUUCUCUCUUCACACAAGUUACAAGUCUGUCGUCUCUUGAGCUCUCGAGUCUGUGCAAAACCGUAGUCUCCUAGUUGAAAUUCCCGAUUCUCGCAGGUCGUCGUCUUUCAAAUGGAGCAAUCUCCGGAGCAGCUGCUGCUUUCUCCUCUGAUUCCGUCACUCCCAGACGACGUGGCAGUUGAUAUCGUCGCUCGCGUGCCCAGAAGCCACUACCCGACUCUCUCUCUCGUUUCCAAGACUUUCCGGAAACUCAUCGCCUCGUCUAAGCUCUACAAGAGACGAUCUCAGCUAGGCAUCACCCAGCACCGCAUCUACGCCGUCCUCCGUAACCUCAAGACCAAUGAGUUCAGUUUCUACAUCCUCCACCAGAAACUCAACGGCUACAACCGCUUGGUCCGUGUCCGGUCCCUUCCUUUCUUAUCUUCCCGCGCCCGCGGAAGCUGCUGUGCCCCGGUUGGUUCGAAGGUCUACGUGUUUAACGACAUCUCGGCCCUCAGCUUUGACUGCAACUCUCACAAGGUUCGGUGCAUCCCCGACAUUCCUCAGCGGAUGGCUUAUAGAGAGGUUAACGCACUCGGGAAGAAGGUUUAUGUGAGUGGUGAUGGGUACUGUCGUUACGUCGAGGGGAACAGAGAGGGGCAGAUGUGGCAGAAGUCAGUCACGGUGUUUGAUACAGAGACACAGUCGUGGGAGCCUACGUUGGUUUACGAAGACAUGAAUGUAGGUGUAGGUCCCUUUUGGUGUGAUUCCGUUGUGAUGGAGGAUAAGAUCUACCUGAAAGGUUACGUGGACGGUGGUGAUUCUUUUGUUUAUGUACCAGAGGAGAGGAAAUGGGAAGCGAUGGACGAGGUGUUGAACUCUAGGGAGUGGGAGGGUGCGUGUGCGGUUGACGGCGUCUUGUACUAUCACGAUCCUUCCGAGAAGGAGUUGAGGGCGUAUGAUCCGAAGCAGGGCGUCUGGAGUGUUGUUAAUGGUUUGGAGGAGUUUUUCGCUGUGGAGACUGCACGAUCAAAGUGGUGCGAUGCGGUGAGCUACGGUUCGGAUAAGCUGGCUCUCUUCUUUCCUAAGAAACAGUGCGGCGAGAGGGUGAUUUGCUGUGCGGAGGUCGCUUUGGAAAGGAGGCAAGGAGGUGAGAUUUGGGGUGAGGUGCAGUGGUGUCAUAUUGUCAUUGGCGAUGGGCUUUUUGACAUGGUGAAAGUUGUGUCUGUUACGGUUUGAUGCAAGCGCAAUAAACUCUUAUGUCGUAUUUUAAUUAAUCCUAAAUGCCACGGUGUGGUUGGUUGUAAGUUUGCUAGCAUCGUUAAUGUAGCUAAAACCUUGAGAGCGUCUUGUUUAAAAACGUGUGCUAUGUUUUAAUCUUUGAUCGCUUCCUUGAGACUUGA